GGCAUUUUUAUUGUCAGCGAGGGCUCGCGGCGCCAACAGGCUUUCUGGUCUUCACAAAGUUCUUACAGAGCUGAAGUGAACCGGGCUGGAGGCGGAGCUGACGCUGUUACUUUCCAAAAUCAGGCGCUCCUUAGCCAGUUUUUUGCAGCUUUGAGUUGUCGGGAUUGUUUCAUUUUUCGAGUUCGUUGCUACCAAGUAGGGCGGAAUGUAUGGGGGCGACGAAGUAUCGGCGAUAGUAAUUGAUUUAGGUUCUCAUACCUGCAAAGCUGGUUAUGCCGGUGAAGAUGCUCCCAAGGCAGUAUUUCCCUCUGUUGUUGGAUCAAUUGAGCAACAAGAAGUGGUAAAUGGUACCAAGUUUGAGAAAGAAAGUGAAUCCAUGUCUGAUCUGAAAGCUGGACUGAAGGGAUUAGAUUCAGAGAAAGCUAAAACAAAAAGAAAAUUGUAUGUUGGUUCUCAGGCUUUAGGUUUCAGAAGAGACCAUAUGGAGGUGAUAUCACCCUUCCAAGAAGGAGUUGUUGCUGAUUGGGAUAUUGUUGAUAACAUUUGGGCUCAUGCCUUCAAGGACAGGUUACUAAUUGAUCCCAUGGAGCAUCCCAUGCUACUUGCAGAGCCAACUUCAAAUGCUCCACAGCAGAGAGAGAGGAUGGCAGAGAUCUUGUUUGAGAAUUACAAAGUUCCUGCGUUGUUUGUUGCAAAAAAUGCUGUUCUUACAUCCUUUGCUUCUGGCAGAGCUACUUCUCUUGUUGUUGAUAGUGGUGGUGGAUCGACUACUGUAGCUCCUGUACAGGAUGGUUAUGUCCUUCAGAAGGGCGUUGCAACUUCUCCGAUUGGAGGUGAAUUCCUAACUGAAUGCAUGAUGAAAAGCUUGGAGAGCAAAGGCAUUAUUUUCAAGCCCAGAUACUCUUUCAAAAGAAAGGAAGCACGCCCCGGAGAUUUUCAGACAAUAGAUCUUGAUUUUCCAAAUACCACAGAACGCUACAAGCUUUACUCUCAGAGACUGAUUGCUAGUGACAUAAAGGAAUGUGUAUGCAGGGCUCCGGAUACUCCUUAUGAUGAGAGUGCAUAUGCUAAUAUCCCUAUGACGCCAUAUGAACUUCCAGAUGGACAAAUUAUUGAAAUUGGUGCAGAUCGAUUUAAGAUUCCUGAUAUUCUGUUCAAUCCAUCAUUAGUCCAGACUAUACCGGGAAUGGAGAAUUUCAUAGAUUCUUCUCCUGUUCGUGGCCUCCCACAAAUGGUUAUUGAGAGCAUCAAUAAAUGUGAUGUGGACAUUCGUAGAGAGUUAUUUAGCAGCAUUUUGCUUUCAGGUGGCACUGCAUCAAUGCAGCAACUAAAAGAGAGGCUUGAAAAGGAUCUAAUGGAGGAGAGUCCGCAAGCGGCAAGGGUAAAGGUAUUAGCAAGCGGAAAUGCAACAGAGAGACGAUUCAGCGUAUGGAUAGGAGGGAGUAUUCUAGCUUCCCUCGGAUCAUUUCAGCAGAUGUGGUUCUCCAAAGGAGAGUAUGAAGAACAUGGAGCAUCAUACAUCCAGAGGAAAUGCCCCUAACUCUAAUGAUUCUAUGCCAAAACGGAAAUUGAUUCACAUUGUCAGAAUUCUGCCAGUCUUAAGCAUGUUAAGGAUGGGCGGGAUUUUAGUUCAGUUUAUAUAGAGCGCCAUCCCUUCUUGGCAAAAAACAUGUAGUUAGCCAUUAGGAAGCUACCUUUUGUUUAUUGGUGGCAAAUAGAUAUUCUUCACAGAGGUGAGUUAAAUUUAUUUGGUCAAUUAUAUUAAAUUCUAUAUCAAUAUCAAAUAUAAUAUUUUUAAACUUUUUUU